AACGGGCAGUGCGCACUCCGAGGCGGCUUCUCCAGAGCGCUGGCUGGAACUGGCUGGCACCGUGAGCCCCUAGCACCCGACAAGCUAAGUGUGCAGGACGUGACCCCACCACACCCACCUCACGGCCGCUGAAUGAGGCUUCCAGGCGUCGGUUCGCGGCCCGCAGAGCCCCGCCGGGGAUCCGCCAGCUGAGGCACCGGCAGCCGGUGCGCUCACCUGCCAGACUGCGCGCCAUGGGGCAACCCGGGAACAACAGCGCCUUCUUGCUAGCGCCCAAUGGAAGCCACGCGCCGGACCACGACGUCACGCAGGAACGGGACGAGGCGUGGGUGGUGGGUAUGGGCAUCGUCAUGUCGCUCAUCGUCCUGGCCAUCGUGUUUGGCAAUGUGCUGGUCAUCACAGCCAUUGCCAAGUUCGAGCGUCUGCAGACUGUCACCAACUACUUUAUCACUUCACUGGCCUGUGCUGACCUGGUCAUGGGCCUGGCAGUGGUGCCCUUUGGGGCCAGCCAUAUUAUCAUGAAAAUGUGGACUUUCGGCAACUUCUGGUGUGAGUUUUGGACUUCCAUUGAUGUGCUUUGCGUCACGGCCAGCAUUGAGACCCUGUGCGUGAUCGCAGUGGAUCGCUACUUUGCCAUUACUUCACCCUUCAAGUACCAGAGCCUGCUGACCAAGAAUAAGGCCCGGGUGAUCAUUCUGAUGGUGUGGAUCGUGUCAGGCCUUACCUCCUUCUUGCCCAUUCAGAUGCACUGGUACCGCGCCACCCACCAGGAAGCCAUUAACUGCUAUGCCAAGGAGACCUGCUGUGACUUCUUCACGAACCAAGCCUAUGCCAUUGCCUCCUCCAUCGUGUCCUUCUACGUGCCCCUGGUGAUCAUGGUCUUCGUCUACUCCAGGGUCUUUCAGGUGGCCAAAAGGCAGCUCCAAAAGAUUGACAAAUCUGAGGGCCGCUUCCAUGCCCAGAACCUUAGCCAGGUGGAGCAGGAUGGGCGGACGGGGCAUGGACUUCGCAGAUCUUCCAAGUUCUACUUGAAGGAGCACAAAGCCCUCAAGACGUUAGGCAUCAUCAUGGGCACUUUCACCCUCUGCUGGCUGCCUUUCUUCAUCGUCAACAUUGUGCAUGUGAUCCGGGAUAACCUCAUCCCUAAGGAAGUUUACAUCCUCCUAAAUUGGGUGGGCUAUGUCAACUCUGCUUUCAACCCCCUUAUCUACUGUCGGAGCCCAGAUUUCAGGAUUGCCUUCCAGGAGCUUCUGUGCCUGCGCAGGUCUUCUCUGAAGGCCUAUGGGAAUGGCUACUCCAGCAACAGCAACGGCAACACAGGGGAGCAGAGCGGAUAUCAUCUGGAACAGGAGAAAGAAAAUAAACUGCUGUGUGAAGACCUUCCAGGCACGGAAGACUUUGUGGGCCAUCAAGAGAAACUGUUCCUGGCUUAAUGUGGAAUUGAACCCAAGAACGCAGAACAGCUCUGAGUCUCAGUCAUAGACACCUAGGAGGACUCUCACUGCUGGACUUUGGGUCACCAUCCCUCUCUCUUUUGACACCACUACCUGUUUUGCCAAGUUCCCCUCCAUGGCAUGUGACAACGUGAUGUCCCAAGGGAGAAAAGCUGCCCAAGCAGGGCCCUGACUCCUUGGCUUUGGGUGAGAAGGUGGUGUUCUCCCAGCAUAUGACCGAGGCUGCAAGGGGACGCUUGCCUGCUGAGCCCCAUCACUUUCCUUGCUUAGAAAAUGGAAAUAAGAAGAAUCCUGUUCAUCUCAAAAGACUUGAUGGGAAUCAGAUGAGAAGAGCUUCUGGGGAAAACUUUGAUUUGCUAUUUAGACACUUGAGUCCAAGAUUCUCAGCCACUGCUUUGACCUCCUACCUCUCCGGCAUGCUAUCUCUUCACUUCACCCACCCUGGUAGCCUCUCCAGCAAUAACAGAGCAGCUCACGGUAUGGGCUCUGGAGUCACACUGCCAGGCAUUUCCCACUGGCUCUACUCUCACCAGCUGCGUGAUCUUAGGCAUGUUAACUCCCCUCUCUGAUCUACAGUUUUCUCAUCUGAAAGUGGGGAUAAAACAGAACCUACCUCAAGGGUUGCUGUGAGAUAAUGUAAGAAAUGCACCUGGCACAGCACCUAAGAUGCAUUCCUACUGCUAUUAUUUCUUUGAAGAUUCACAGCCUGUUUUCACUAAUAGGAUCAGUGGGAGACUGAAUAUAACUAAUGUAACCAGUAGGCAUCCUGAACUCUGACAACUUAGUCGAGGUGUGGUCCACAGACCUUUGGCAGUCCUCCACAUCCUUUCAAGAGGUCCACAAUGCCAAAAUUAUUUUCAGAGUUAUACUACUUGGCCUUCUUCCACUGUGUUGACAUUUGCACUGAUGGUGCAAAAGCAAUGGUGCCCAACUGUGCAAGUGGUCAUUGUAUUCUUUACCCUGAUGCAUGCCCGGUGGGUGUGGGGGGAGGAGCCAGUUUCAUUUAACAAUGUCUUUUAUUAAGCAGUAAAUAUUGUUAUUUUUAUUAAAUUUUGACCCCGUUUUUACUUGAAAGAAUGACUAACAGACAAACUGUAAUUAUUCAGAUGUGGGUAUGCAGCAGAUAUUUCCACAGAAAUGAAUGAAGUAAGCCUGUCGCUUCAAGAAAAAUCACUAGAUAUUUGUUGCCAAUGACAAAAUUCAAGCUUUCAAGUAAAUUUUAGAAAGCUUGUAUCUGCCACCGCAAACUUGUCAGCUUCCCAAUAAUUGAAGAUAUUGUAAAUAAGAUUGAUAGUAACAUUAAUUAACGUGAUUUUUUUUUUGUAUUGUAGAAUGAACUAUAUCAACAUGUGGAAGACCUGCCUAACUAAUGUUUUUCCAAUGAUUAAUGUAUGAUGUUACAAAAUCAUGCCUUUUAAAGUGUAAGUUGGACCAAUGAAUUAUACAUAAUCAACUAAGGAAAAGUUCAUUGAUAAGGUUCCAGAUUGCACAUUGCAACUAACCUUUCAGAAACUGCCACAACGCUUCAUGUAGUAUCAAAGAAGAAUAUCCAUUACUAUUUGAGAUGGCCAUUAAAAUAUUCCCCCUUUUUCCAGCUAUGCCUGAGUGAGGCCAGGUUUUAUUUAUAUACUUCAACAAAACAUCUCAUUGCAACAGAUUAAAUGCAGAAUCAGAUGAGAAUCAGGCUAACUUCUAUUAAGUCAGAUGUUGAAGAAAUAAGCAAA